AUGGCGCCCGAUAAUCCAGCUGGUGACGGCGAUGCUGGUACCGUGACCUCCUCCACUGCCCCGGCAUCGUCGAAUGUCUCUGCUGCAGAGCUGCCAACUUCUGGUCAUCCUCCUCCUCCUCCUCCGACGACUGCUGCAGAGCCUCGCACGUCUACGCCUCCGGCCUCGCACCUGCCUGCGACAAGCUCUGGCCCCGAGCCGGCCGACUUCACUCCUUCGACUUCGACUUCGACUUCGACGGUUUUCGCUACUCCUGCUGCCGCUGCUCCGACUACAGUCACGGCCACGGCCACCACAGCUGACGCGCCUGCCCCAGCCGCCGAAGCUGUUCCUGGAAGCGACCUCAACGGUACGAGAGCAGUGCAGGCUUCACCGACGCCCGUCGACACCGAAAUGUCCAAUCAUGCCCAUCUCCUCGGCCGCCAAGCUGCUGCUCCAUCGCCCUCGCAUCCUCCCCCUUCGUCCCAUCCUACGACUUACCGCACCGAGUCCGACGCACAUGGCCCGGCGGCCCAGCCCACGGCUUUACCAGCGCCUCCACCCUCGACGAUUCCCACGACCCAAUUCGCGUCGUACUCGACGGCCGCGGUAUCGCAGCUUCCCGAUGCCCAGCGUGCUUCUCACAGCAAUGGCCACAAUGCCGUCACGCUGCCUAGCAUGCGCACCAUUGACGCCCUGACCCAGCAGCAGCCGCAGCCCGGCGCUCAUCCACACUCCAUCAACGGGCCUCUGCAGCCCGGAUCUCCUCCUGGCCAGUCGUACUACGCGCACGCUUCUGCCAGUUCGACCCCAGGCUAUGGGUUACACCCUGAGCUGUCUCGCUACCCUCUGCCCCACGACCCUCGCCUGUCGGGAACAAGAGGCUCUAAAAAGGAAAUCAAGCGACGAACAAAGACGGGCUGUCUGACCUGCAGAAAACGACGAAUCAAGUGCGACGAAACCCAUCCCACCUGCAAUAACUGCAAAAAGUCGAAACGCGAUUGUCUCGGCUACGACCCCAUCUUCCGCCAGCAGCCCGCAGCUCAGCCAGGCUCUAUUCAGCCUGCACCCUCCCCGACCGCAUCGCUCCCGUCUUCCAACUCGCCUGGCUCAGUCGUCGGCAACGGCCGUCAGCUGAACUCGUACGCGGCCCAGUCGUCGACCCUUCCGACGUCGUACCCGUCCAGCUCCAACCCUCCUAUUACGACUGCCAGCCCAACUCCCAACCCCGCCUACCAUUCGACCUCAGUCACAACGGCGCACUCAGGAACACCUACAACAGCCGAGCCUCGAUACGAAUAUCCCCCCAACACCACUCCUGCUCCACGGGCAUACCAGCCUUCUACUGCGUUUGAUCCCGCUCGACACGUUGAUCACGGUGCAAACAAACCACUGGAUCAUCGGUUACCAGAACCAGCUCCCAAGAUGAGGAUUCACGAAAUCAUCGACUCCCUUGGGCCCACUCCCACCCCGCCUCAAGUUCCCGCCAGCGAGCAGACAUUCAGCGAGAUAACUAAAGUUUAUCACGAAAUGUAUGCCACUGCGCUUGCUGGCUUCUUCGAGACUACCUGGUACUAUUUCGCCGAAAAUGGCAUCAUGUCCUUUCCAAAGCACCCCCCGCUGCUGGAACAGAUGGCUUCAUUUCUUAAAGUGCUCGAAGCUGUCAAGGCCAAUGACCAUGCGCAAAUGGCAUACUCAGAGCGCAGCAACACAUCCAUGCGGGUUAAUUUGCCGCCGGAGGGUGACAGCGCCGAAGCUAGGAGCCGUUUGCAGGUGGUAGACACUUUGCUGUGUGGAGAGUAUCUACCCAGCAACCCAUUAUCGACCCCAGUAGCCGACUCGGACACUCAAAGGACACGUCAGUUUGACUUUUGGUACAAUCUGGCCGAUUUUAUUCGACACCGCGACAACCCCGAAUCGUCUCAAUCCCAACAAGCUCGAGAGGAAGUCCUAGGCAGGCUACGCCGUUUGCUUGAUGGUCGUGAGAACCGUGACGUCCUCUACUCAAUUGCUGUGGUUCGCCACUUGUCCCCUAACUUUGGACCUAGCUAUGGAACGUCUGUGCCAGAGCACCUCGACGAGACAGACCCAAAAAGCCGCCUGGCGGUGGCGUCCAAGUUCAUUAUGGAUGAAGCGCAGGUGACGGGCGGCACCACCAACGUUGUUCGACGAAUCAGCGACAUUGCCUGUCGAGCAUUCGUGAAUCCCGGUGUGAACAUUGCAAAAAGAGCCUGA